AUGAGGGUGGCUAAGCAACAACAACAACAACAACAACAACAACGUCGACAGGUUCCUGUCGUUCCUGUUCAGCGCCCUGACUUUGAUGAAUGCACUUUUAAUGAGCUUGACAAGGCGCUGUACGAGGACUUGCAUACAGCGCUCUGCCGUCUCUCCGAGGAGGAGUUUGACAUCUGGGAAGUUUUGGAGAAGAUACUUCACGAUUACCGUAAUGCUCUUGGUAAGUUCGGCACAGAAGCUCCCAGUGAAGAACAAAGGCAUGCGUCUGAUGCUUAUCGCUGUAUAUGUGCUUGCGUAAUUGAAAAUACCAUCUUGCAGGAAUAUGAUAGAGGAGGAGACUCAUUUCUGUCGUCGUUGCUCGCUGAUGAUCGUGAUUUUCGACUUGUAUACGCACUUUGGCGCUGGUGUAUUGACAGUGCAAUAGAGCCGAGCGGAUUUGCUGAUUUAGCUCGCCAGGUUGAAAACAUCAAGGAACUUGCUGGAGUCGCUAAGUAAGG